UAUGUAACUGCCCCCCCCGCCAGCCCAGCCGGUGCCAGGGUCUGGGACGGACCCAGCGCCAGCACCCAGAUUAGCUGUUCCCGCCCGGAUCCUGCUGUCCCUGGGCCACCGCCAGUCCCUGUCCCCUCCCUGUGCCCACCCCGGCCCCAGCCCCUUCCCCAUCCUGUCCCCUUCUCCCCACCUUUGGCCUCCUACAGCUCCGGCACAGAAGGGAUUCAGGAUCUUUAACCCGCCCCUCCCACCCCCUCUCCCCAAUCCCACAAGCGGGUCCCAUCCUGCUCCUUAUCUCAGAGUACUGGGCGCACUGGCAGCUGGCAGAGCUGGUGGUGCUGGCUUCUGCCAGGGGCUGGGCUGAGGUCUGGCACGCUCAGCUCACUGGUGAUGGAGGCAUCAGGGAGAGCUCCAUCCCAUCCCCAUCCCGUGGGACACCCGUGGGCAGAGCCGGUACUGGGGCAGCACAUGGCGGGGGGGGUGGGGUGGGGUGUCACAGCCAGGACACCCACAUCUCGGGGGGGGGGGGGGGCGGUGGUGGCAAAAGCUUCAGGAUGCAGAGACUGGAGUCAGGAUUCCUGGAUCCUGCCCCCCCCCAUUUCAGGGAGGGCAGAAGAGCAUCACUGCUCAGCGCAGGGCCGGAUCCGGCAGCACCGGCGCCCAGCCACGUCCCCCCGGCCCUGGGGCGCUGGCGCUAACCUGGUUAUCCACGAUGGAUGGCCACCAUCACCUCCGCGCCGGGCAGGGCCAUCGCUCACCACAGCCCCCCCCGCCCCAGCCUGGACGGGGAUAUAAGGCGGGUUUGGGGGCGGGCGGGUGCCGCCACCGCAGCCCCUCGCCAUGAGCAGCCUGGCCGCCCUCCGGGAGGGCUACGAGCGCUUCGACCCCCACGCCUACCUGCAGAACAACUACCUGCCCCCCCGGGCCGAUUUCUCCUCCGAGGAGUUCGUGGUGCCCUGGAAGCUGCGAUGCCUGGCUGAGACCUUCGCCAGCGGUGAGAUCCACGGGCGCACCCUGAUCGACGUGGGCUCAGGCCCCACCAUCUACCAGCUGCUGAGCGCCUGCGACCACUUUGAGGAGAUCGUGGCCACCGACUACCUGGCGGUGAACCGGGAGGAGCUGGGGCGCUGGGUGCGGGGGGAGCCCAGCACCUUCGACUGGAGCCCCUUCAUCCGGCACGUCUGCAAGAUCGAGGGACGCGGGGAGCCCUGGCAGGAGAAGGAGCGCCGGCUGCGGGACCGGCUGCGUCGCAUCCUGCCCAUCGACGUCCACCGGCCGGACCCGCUGGGCGCCCCGCUGCACCCGCCGGCCGACGCGCUGCUCUCUGCCUUCUGCCUGGAGGCCGUCAGCCCCGACCGCGACGCCUUCGCCCAGGCCCUGGCGCACGUGGGCUCGCUGCUGCGCCCGGGGGGCCACGCGCUGCUGCUGGGGGCCCUAGGGGAGUCCUUCUACCUGGCAGGGGCCGCCCGCCUGCCCGUGGUGCCGCUGGCGGAGGACGACGUCCGCGCGGCGCUGGCCGGCAUCGGCUUCGCCCUCCGCGACUUCCGCUCCUACGCCAUGCCGCCCGCCCUCCGCACCGGCGUGGACGACGUCGACGGCGUCUUCUUCGCCCACGCGCAGAAGCCGUUGGAGGCCUAAGGGACCCCCCGGGCGGGGAGAACCACCCCUGUCACCCCAAAAGCUGGAUUUCGUGUCCCUGACACCCCCCCUUCCCACUCCAGCCCCACUGCUGCCCUGGCUGCCCCCAAUAAAGC